CUACUUCCUCUUCGCCACCAUUUGUUUAUUUCUUCAUCCUCUGUGAAAGCCCAAACUCUUUUUCUCUGGUUUUAGAGAGAGAAAGCCGAGUCAAAAUGCGGAGGGUGAGAAACUAGGGGGUCAACACCUUUCGUCAUAUUUACGUCUUUGCCAUUGGGGGUAGUUGAAGCUCUGAGAGUCAUUUUUCUGUUUUCGAAAUUCCUUACACUGUUUGGCUUUGGGAUGUCACGAGGUGGAGAUUUGGGAUUCGAGAGUUGAAGUCGUGUGAGUUAUAAAUCAGAGGAAGGUGAAGGAUUUUGUUACAUAAUUCAAAUCAAGAUUUUCAAAGUGCUUGUCAUGGGAAACAAUGAAGAGGGGAAGUCUUCUAAGCCCGAAAAAUCAUCUUCACCAGCAACACCAGAUCGGACUAAUCAGACCAAUCAGACCAAUAUUCAAGUCUAUCCUGAUUGGGCGGCCAUGCAGGCAUAUUAUGGCCCCAGAGUUGCUCUUCCACCAUAUUACAACUCCACAGUCGGUUCAGGUCAUGCUCCUCACCCAUACAUGUGGGGCCCAGCACAGCCUAUGAUGCCACCUUAUGGGACGCCUUAUGCGGCAAUUUACCCACAUGGAGGCGUUUAUGCACAUCCUGGAGUUCCUCUUGGAUCACAUCCUCAUGGUCAAGGGAUUCCAUUAUCACCCGCUCAGGCUGUGACUCCUUUGGGCAUAGAAACACCUACAAAAUCGGGAAAUACAGAUCGAGGUUUAAUGAAAAAAUUGAAAGAGUUUGAUGGGCUUGCAAUGUCAAUAGGCAAUGGUACUGCUGAGAUUGCUGAGGGUGAGGCUGAGCAUAGGCUGUCACAGAGUCUGGAGACUGAAGGUUCCAGUGAUGGAAGUAGCGGGAAUACUGCCAGGGCAAAUCAAACCAGAAGGAAAAGAAGCCGUGAGGAAACACCAACUGCUGGUGCCGCUGGCAGUGAUGGCAAGACUGAGGCACAGGCCAGUUCAGUUUCUGCUAAGGAGGUAAAUUCAGCUCCUGAUAAGCCCUUGGGUGCAACUGUUACUCCUGCUAGUGCUGCUGGAAAUUUGGUUGGAACUGUUGUUUCUCCUGGCAUGACAACAGCAUUGGAGCACAGGAACACUCCUAAUAUGAAUACCAAGACAACAACUAAUAGUGUCCCACAGCCCUGUGCAGUAUUGCCUCCUGAAACAUGGAAUGAAAGGGAGGUAAAACGAGAGAGGAGGAAACAGUCUAAUCGAGAAUCCGCUAGAAGGUCCAGGUUGAGAAAGCAGGCUGAAACUGAAGAACUUGCACAUAAAGUCGAAUCCUUGAAUGCGGAGAAUGUGGCAAUAAAAUCUGAAUUAGAAAGAUUGACAGAAAACUCAGAGAAACUGAGGCUAGAAAAUGCAACCUUAAUGGAGAAACUGAAAAAUGCAAAACUAGGACAGACAGUAGAGAGUAGUUUGAACAGCAUUGACGACAAGAGAGGGGUACCUGUUAGUACAGAAAACCUAAUGUCAAGAGUUAAUAAUUCGGGUCCCAUUGAUAGGAGCAUCGAGGAAAAGAGUGACAUGUACGAGAACAACUCAAACUCUGGUGCCAAGCUGCAUCAACUCUUAGAUGCGAGUCCCAGGGCUGAUGCUGUGGCUGCUGGCUAGUCAAGGAACCAGCAUCGCUGCAGUUUUCUAAUCAUGUGGUUUUGGCAAUAUUACAAGUCCAGAAUUGCUGCUAACAGUAAAAGCAGAAGAAUGAAACAAACAGGUGAAUAGGAUUUGUACAUGUGAAAAUGCAGACACUAAUUAUUACUUGUAAGUUAGUCUUUUCAUGUCUGAACUGAUUGAUGUGUUGUCAGCAUUAAGAGUGCGUGGAUAGCCACUGAAGGUAAUGUACAUUGAAGAGUUAGAGAUAUUUAGCUGUGGGGAUCAAGGCGUGUGAACAUAUCGUAUGUAUCUGCUUGUGCAAUUUUUACUUGAUACUGAUUUCGGCCUGUCAUGGUAUGUGAUUUGACAAGGUCUGGAUGUCUUUUAUGGUAUUAUCUAUUAACUUCAAA